UCUUGGAUGAAGCUAGAUUAAAUGAGAAUCCUGUUGAUCGUUUAUCUCGUAUGAUAAGAAAUCUUUUUUGGGAUGGUUUAACUAGAAGAAUUGAUGCUGAAGGAUUAGAAGCUAUCUGUGCUGAUCCAAAAAAUAGAACUGCUGAUCAUUCUCCUAGAAUAUAUAUUCCAUAUGGUGAAGAUGAAGUUUUUGCUUAUUAUAAAUGGGUCUCGGAAACUCGCCCUCAUUUAAAAUUGGAAGUGGAAAUGCUUCCCAAAGAUAUAACUCCGGAAUAUGUAAAAAGUAUUAAUGAUCGACCUGGUAUUUUAUCUUUGGCAAUGCGUAAGCAAAUUGAUGAUCAAGGAAAUGCCACCUUUAAAGGUGUUCCAUUUAUUGUACCAGGUGGUAGAUUUAAUGAAAUGUAUGGUUGGGAUUCUUAUUUUGAAAUCUUGGGUCUAGCUGUUGAUACAAGAAUAGAGAUGGCAAAAGGCAUGGUUGAUAACUUUAUUUAUGAAAUCACUCAUUACGGGAAAAUCUUGAAUGCCAAUAGAAGUUAUUACCUAACCCGUUCUCAACCUCCUUUCCUUACCGAUAUGGCCAUGAAAGUUUAUGAAAGAUUAACUGAGGAUGAGCAAUCAAAGAAAGAUUGGCUUAAAACUGCUAUUCGUGCUGCUAUAAAAGAAUAUAAUACAGUUUGGAUGAGUGAACCACGUUAUGAUUCUGUUACUGGACUUUCUAGAUUUCAUCCUACUGGCCUUGGCAUACCACCAGAAACUGAAGCAAGUCAUUUUGAUCAUGUAAUUCUGCCAUAUGCUAAACGUCUUGGUUUAACAAUUAAAGAAUAUGCUGCAAAAUAUCAAGCCCUUGAAAUUCAAGAACCUGAAUUGGACUCUUAUUUUUUACAUGACCGAGCAGUUC